AAGAGAAAAGAUGCAAGAUGGGAAUGCGGUUUGGUUGGUAGAGCGGCUGCCGAGAGCACCAGGUCCUGGGUUCUAGUUUUGCACAAAUAAAUCUAGUUUAGUGGGAAGAGAAUCAGGAUUUCAGGUUAUCCUCAGCUACAUGGCCAGUAAGAGGCCAAUCUGGGCUAAUGAAAAACUCAAAACAAAAAGUGAUGGAGAAUAGAAAUGGUAUAUUUAAGUAGUUUAUCUAAUUUAGGUAGUUCAAACAUCUGGCUUUCAAACUAACCUGAAACUGAAAGUACAUUGUCCAGAGAAUAAAAAGGCCACAGCAGCCCUUCUGGAACACUUGCGUUUAGAAGAGACCGGAGACCCAAGGCCACAGCAGCCCUUCUGGAACAUUUGCAUUUAGAAGAGGCCAGAGACCCAGCCACCAAAGAUCUGCUCAGAUGUUCUUGAAGUUGAAGAUGAACUCUCUUUCUGGACUCAAAAGUUCACAUCAUCUGUUCCUCCUGACUUGGUUGUUAGCCCAGCAGGUGACAGGCCUGACUGAGCCUCCCAAGCUGGACAUGGCCCCUGAUGCAUUUGAUGACCAGUAUGAGGGCUGUGUCGAAGAAAUGGAGAAAAAAGCACCCGAGCUGUUAGAGAAAGACUUCAACAUGAAUAGACGGUUAAAACGGGAGUGGAAAAGCGCAGAGCAAAAAUGGGAGACGAUAAAAAACAGAAUGAGUUAUCCCAAAGGUUUCCUUAAUCUCCAUGGAAUAGCUUUAGUGACCUACACUGGGGACAUCCACAAAGAUUUUAAUGACGCUGUUAGAGAAUUCAAGAAAAAUCCCGAUAACUUCCAUUACAGGGCCUUCCAUUACUACUUAACAAGAGCCCUCCAGCUUCUGAGUAACCAGAACUGCUACUCUGUUUAUCGAGGCACCAAGGAUAGGUUUCAUUACAGUGGGAACGGCUCUGUGCGAUUUGGACAUUUCGCUUCCUCGUCUUUGAAUAAGGAAGUGGCUCUUAAAAACUUUAGUGGUGCUACUGGGACGCUGUACACCAUCAAAACCUGCUUGGGGGUGUAUAUAAAAGCAUUUUCUUACUAUCCUAGUGAAGAGGAGGUGCUGAUUCCAGCUUAUGAAGUAUAUCACAAAGUCAGUGUAACACAAAGUGGAAAGGAGAUUUUCCUGGACGCCCCACGAAGAGAGAAGAGCAACUUCAAUUGCUUCUAUAGCGGUCAUUCAAACAGCUCAGGGGCCAGAGACGGCUGUGCCUUCCUGCUGCUUGUGGUGCUACCUGGACUCCUGGUCCUGCUGCUUCCUCUUGUUGAGCUGUAGCCAUUUCCUGCCUGCAGUUUUUGGGUCCUGCAGUUGAAGGGAGGCCAAGAGACAAGAACUUGGCUGGUUCUCUAAGAUCUAUGGUAGAAGGAAGGGUGGGAUCACUCAAUGGUUUCUGUGGACACCCUGGAACCUCCUGGGUCUAUCGGUGACACUUUACUCUCUAAUCUCGGAUUUACUGCCCUUUUAUCAUAACUGUGACAAAGAGCAAUGUUUGUCUGUAUGGUCAGCAGUGACAGUUUUAAGUAUGCAAUAUAUGGUGAAUGUUACAACCCAGGGAAAUAAACGGUUUAUA